GCUAAUUUGAGCCUGUAGUCGAACCCACAAAUGCUGAUGCUCCAGAUACUCAACUAGUCUAAACAAGGCCAGUUUUAUUGCUUCUUUAAUCGGAGUCAUUUCCGCUGUGCUGACAUAAUUGCAAAAGGGUUUUCUAAUGAUCAAUUAGCCUUUUAAAAUGAUAAACUUGGAUUAGCUAACACAACGUGCCAUUUAAACACAGGCCCAUUAUCAUCAAUCAUCACUCCUGUGUCGACAUUCCAUUAAAUAUCAGCCGUUUCCGGCUGUAAUAGUCAUUUACAACAUUAACAAUGUCUACACUGUAUUUCUGAUCAAUUUUAUGUUUUUUUUUUAUGGACAAUAAAUGAACUUUUCUUUUAAAAACAAUGACAUUUCUAAGUGACCCCAAACUUUUGAACGGUAGCGUAUAUAUUCCAUUUUAGAAUAAGGCUAACGUAACAAUGUGGAAAAGUCCAGGGGUCUGAAUACUUUCCGAAUGCACUGUAUGUUGAUCAGAAGAAUGGCAGAAUUGCCAGGUCCUCCACACUUGGUGCCCCAGUGCGCUGUCCUUAUACUGCAGAGAUGUUUAUUGCUCACUUGUUGGCACAUUCCAUGCUCAAUUUAGAAACAGAGUGGAAAAAAUCCUUGAGGAUGAGUACGGCUGUUUCAGACUCACAACUGGCUGUUCUGGAAGAUUGCUUAUGUGUGUAUUUGCUAGAAUCCUCCUUUCAGAAAGUUCUUUAUUUUUUUAUAUACUGUAUUUUGUCACCAGUUUGCAGGGCAUGGAUUAAACACGUCAGUUUCUCAUAGGGUAAAGGGUGUGAAUCUGCAGUCAAAACUGCAGAUUAGAUAGAUACACAUUAAAUGCACAGUAACAUUUGAUUACUGUUGGGAGAACAGCCAUGCAUUUGUGGUUAGAAAAUUAUUUGUGUAUUACUAUUCAGUGUCCUCUAGAUGGCCAUAUGCGGCCCUUUUAUGAAGCAUGACCAGGGACACGGAGGGGAAUAUUUUGUGUAUGAGAAACAUUGCAAUAUACAUAAAGAAAUGAAGUUAUACAUGCACCAUCCUAUAACAAUUCACACCAUAUACACAAGUCAAGGAGUGAUUAAUCUGUGUGAAUAAUUUGUCCAUAUAUUUUGAGUGUGUUUUUGUCUUAUGUGUUUGCUCUUGAAAACCGCAGUAUCGCCUCCAUCUAGUGGUUUGUAGGUCUAAUACAUAUUUUGAAAUUGAAGUUAAUAAAUUGUGACAGGUUAUUGUUUCAUUUAUGAAACAUAAAUGCACAAAUGCAUUAGGAAAUUUUAACCACUCAAAUUUGGGAUUAUCAAGGCAGACAAUCCAUGUUGUUCAUUUAAUUCAAAUCCCAACAUUUCCCCUACUUCUUUUGAAAGGCUCCAUGUGAAUAGUAAUAUAAAUAAUACAGAGCAUUAAUGUCUGUCAUUUAAAACAUGAAUAGUGAGAGUUGUGAUGUGGAUUUGAUGAUGUGGUCUACUUUUCCAAAACACAGUUCCUCAGAAGCAUGUUUUUAAAUUCUGUAAAAUAGCACAAAACACUGUUGUACUUCAGAAGUGUGACAGAUUAAAUGGGAAGUUAUUACUAUCAAGGCAAAAUUGUAUUUAACUUUCAAAGCAAAUAUUAACUAGAGGGUUAGUUAACAUAGAGAAGUACCUUUCAUAGAUAUAUUUUAAGUGUUGAUGCUCAUUAUUAGGCUAUAAUUAAUGUAUUAGUAGGGUCAAGAUGUAAUAGCCUAUUGUCAUUAUUGGAAUACUAUAAAUAAGGAAAUGAUCAAGGAAAACUUUUACACUGUGCGGUGGUCACCAAUUACUUUAAAGCAAAUUCCGUAUGAUCUCUGAAUCUUGCUAAAUGAAACAACUAAUCCUUUCAAUCUCACUGGGCUCACUUGCCUGUUUUACUUCGCCUCUGUCUCACGCGGCCGUACCAUGGGGAAAUCUUUGGGCGGAGCCAAUGACCUAGUUUUGUCCAAUAGCGUUCUGCGAAGGGCAGAGACUAACCUAAUUUGAACCAAUCGCUGGUAGGCAGUAUCCGCGCGUGCCAGGGCCAUGUGCUCCCUUCGAGUGCAAGGAAUCGGUUUUAAGGUAGUAGGGAGAUAGAUAUUUUGUGUCGGCAAAAACACAGACUUUCACAAUUUUUGGCGGAUUAAAUGCAAAAUUAUUGAUAAUGAUGAUUUUAAUGAUUUGUUGAAUUUGGUUUCCGGAUCCUUGCAAUUACAGAGAUUAGUCCACACUCCAAGUAGUCUACAAGGAAUUUAAUUAAUAGUAACAUUUUUAAAAUUAAAUCAGAGGGUACUGGACAUUGCAAAGCAAUUCCAUUCUUGUGUAGGUUUAGGAUUGGUUGCAGUUGUGGAGUUUGUGUGUAACCUACAGGACCCGUGAUCUUAAUCAGAUAUGUGCAUUGGUCCAUUCAUCUCGUGGUUACUAGUUUAGCUUUAUGACUGACAUUAAGGUCAACCACGUGUUCCAUCCAUUGGUUACAUUAAAAGUUAUGCAGAGGGCGAAUUGUUCAAGUCGGCGUGGUUUGGUUACAGUAAUCAACAACUCCCCCUGGUUUGUUUAAGAAGGGGUGGUGCUCAUUAAUGUAGUUUUGGGCGUUUUCGGAGUUGUAGAUCAUGAAUAUUGAUCAGCCUCUCCCCCAGCGCCAAUCCCCUGUGAGCGCUGAUGUCACGAGUGCGGCCCGUGUUCGUUCCAGCUGACUCUUGCGGUGCUCGGUUGCUUCCUUGCUCGUAGCCUACAGAAAGGCAGGGAAAGAAGGUAAACGACAAAAAUAACGAGAGAGAAAGACCGAGGGAGCGAGAACGACUAAGUAGGGAGAGGAAAAACGAGACCUCAACACCUAUCCUACUCAUGUUGGAUAUUAUUUGACGACGACUUUUUUUUCCUCCUAUCACCCCCCCGCCCACACUUAUUUUCUCUAUUAUUGGAUUUCUAGGUACCGCUCCAUAAUCCAUUUUACUCCAUGGACAACCCUCAGGUUUGUUUGUUUUAUUUUUGUCCAGGUCAAGAAGAAAAUCAACUCGGUUUGAUGCCUAUUCUCAAUUAAACGGACAUCAUCAAGCACGGCAUUUUGGCGAAAUCUGAGCGCUGACGUGCAACUUUGUUUAUCUCAUAGAUAGAGGCUGGGAUAAGUGAUUAACUCUUAAAGGGCACAUUGCAUUUGUUAAGGUUAUUGAAUAAAACACAUUUUUACCAUGAACAUAUUUUUGAGGACAUCAUUUUCACUUUUGAUUUUCUCAUGGAAAGUUGGAAGAGCAAUAGCAAUAGUUUAUUGUUGAUAUACAAUUAUAUUUGUCAUGUCGAAUUGUACUAUUCUCUAGCACUUUCUUAAUGCAUAUUUAGAUAGGCUAACAUUCGGUUUUCGAAUGAGGUAAAUAACAGUCGGUCUAGCAGUGUGUAUUCAGCUGUCCACCUUUUUAAUCGUCACGUAACUGUUGUGAACCCGCUGACAGCCAGUCAAUCGUUUUGUGGAUUAAUCGGAUAAAUUCAGCGCUCAUUCCACCGUGGGAAUCAACGACCAUCCCAAUCAUGUCUAGGCCGCUCACACAGCUCCUACCGCCUGACCUCCCGGCUGGAGCGAGCCCACAGUUCGGCACUGGUAACCUUGCGGGCAGUGUCCCGACCGGCGGACACUUGAACUCCAUGGCCAGCCUCAAGACUCUCCUACAGCUGCCCAUCAAGGUUGACCAGCGAGCGAAAGACUGCUGUGUAAUGAAAGAUAAAGACAAACCCCAGGACUCAGACGAGGACUCCAUGAGUGGAGGUCCAGGUGGCCGGCCUUCCCAGUCGGCCUUCCUGGGGCCCCAUCUGUGGGAGCGCACGCUGCCCUGCAGCGACGGGGGCCUCUUCCAGCUUCAGUACAUGGACCUGGAGGAGUUCCUGACUGAGAACGGCAUGGCCAUGCAUAACAAAGGUGGCAACGGCUCCAGCGCCAGUGCCCAGGUGCCCUCGCAGAGUUCCCUGCAGUCGGCCGUGCCCAACCAGAGCUCCCAGUGCCCGCCGUCAUCCCCUCCGCCAUGUUCUUCUUCAUCGUCCUCCAUGUCCUCCUCAUCUUCCUCCUCCUCGCUGCUGGGCCUGGACAAUGUGCCGCUGCCACCAAACGGACUGCCAGGCAUGAUGGGAGGGCCCGAGUGCCUACAUGGUGGCCAAGUUGGGCCUCCUGACCUCUCGCCCUCCUCCACCACUACCUCUCCCUGUCCCGCCGGGCCGCCAGGGGGCCCGCCGGUCACCAGUGGCACUGCUGACGUCAUGGUGAACUUUGACCCGGACCCGGCGGACGUGGCGCUGUCCAGCGUGCCGGGCCAGGAAGCCUUCGACCCCCGAAGGCACCGCUUCUCGGACGAGGAGCUCAAGCCACAGCCCAUGAUCAAGAAGGCCCGCAAGAUGCUGGUGCCAGACGAGCAGAAGGACGACAAGUACUGGAGCCGGCGCUACAAGAACAACGAGGCGGCCAAGCGCUCACGUGACGCCCGGCGCCUCAAGGAGAACCAGAUCACGGUGCGCGCCGCCUUCCUGGAGCGAGAGAACGCUGCUCUCAGACAGGAAGUGGCCGACAUGCGCAAGGAGCUGGGCCGCUGCCGCAACAUCCUCAACAAGUUUGAGAGUCGACACGGAGACUUGUGAGGAGGAGGAGGAAGAGGAGGGAGGCGGUGGAGGAGAGAGGGGUAUAAGGCAACAUUGGCAGCCCUUUAUUUGAGGGGGUGCGCGUACGGCCUACGUAGACUUGGCGUAAGCAUCCUAUGACACCUUGCGUAAGCGUCCAUGUUGCGAGUAGCCUGCAGUGAGUGCAGCCUCCAUUUAGUGAUUCUGUGCUAUGCUGGUUUCACUUCCCGCGUCUCUUUGACGGGUAUUGUCACUUGGGCGUCGCGACGUCAUUCAGUGUUUUAUAUCAGGUGCAUUGCAGUGUUUUUCCGGGUAAUGCGCAGGGCCAUACAUGCACCCGUUCAAAUGAGGUGUUCAAAUCAUACAGAUCACAAGACAACUAAUGUUUUUAAGCUAUAGACAAGGAGACAAGCCAGGGGAAGACCGGUGUGUACUUUAUUUCUAUGACAAAACAUGUAUAUUUUUGAACUGUACUGGGCAGGGAGGGAGACGUGGGCAAACUAGAAAACAGAGGAUGAGCUACAGUAUAACUAGAAGAGGAAGAUUAGGAGAGGUGGAAAGAGAGAAAGCGAAGAGAUUUCAACAUAACUAUAUUUUUAUAUUUGCAAAGAUGGACAGUUCAGAGGGGAUUUUGGAAGUAAUAUUUUAUAAAUGGGUGAGUUUAGUAUAGUGAUGGGGGCUAUUGGUAAAUGGAUUGGUAAAUGAUAUAUUUUGAACUCGUUAAGAUAGAGGGGUCAGAGGUCGUAAUUGAGAAUGUAUAAUGGUUGUAUCCAGGGAUAACGUGUCGGCAAGAGAGGAGAAUUAUCUUAGUAAAUGUUUGUGGACAUAGACAGAUCGAAGAUAUUGUAUAGUUUUUAAUUUUGUUCUGUUGGGUUCGUUGAAGCACUUAAAAGGGAAUUCUCAAAAAUGUUCACUUCAUGUUCAUCAUCGCCAGUACCAUUUAACAUGUGGAAAUGGGGCAUUUAUGUUUUGUAGUAAAAAAAGACAAGUGUUUCCAAUGAGUUCAUCAAUCAAUUAGUAGGCAAUGCCUACUCGUAAUUGGUUAAAAUCACAUGAUGCACACCGAUGAUGUCAUUGGAAACACUUUUCACAUAUGUUGAUGUUGGGGUGGUUCUGGAGAUGAUGAAAAUUGAAAAAAUGACAAGUUUACUUUUUAAAGGGCAAUUCUUCCUCUUUUCAACUGCAUUAUCGUCAUCUCCACCAUCAAACCAGUGUUUACAUAUGUGAGAACAUCACGUUCCUAUUGUCUGUGCUUAAAAAGAUACGAACUAAGGUCCCCCCAAAAAUGCUUCUCUUAUGACAUCACCUGCAACAAGUUUUUAGCCCAAGGGAGAGUAUUUUCUAGCUCCCCGCGUGACCGCGAAUCUCAGUGUUUGAAAAUCACAGUUUUUUAAAUGUUGAAACUUUUGAUGUCAUUGGGGAGAACUUUUUAACCUUGUUUUUUUUUCUACAAAACCUAGAAAUGCACCUUUUUCACAUACACUACACAAUCAAAUAUUUCACCCAAACCCGUUACUGACUGGUUUAUAAAAUCUUGCACACAGCCAUGCAAUCUCCAUAGGAAAAACAUUGCCAGUAAAAUGGCCCAUACUGAAGAGCUCAGUGACUUUAAACAUGGCACCGUCAUAGGAUGCCACCUUUCCAACAAGUCAGUUAAACAAAUUUCUGCCCUGCUAGAGCUGCCCCGGUCAACUGCAAUGGCUGUUAUUGUGAAGUGGAAACAUCUAGGAGCAACAACGGCUCAGCCGCGAAGUGGUAGGCCACACUAGCUCACAGAACUGGACCACCGAGUGCUGUCCUCGGUUGCAAUACUCACUACCGAGUUCCAAACUGCCUCUGGAAGCAAUGUCAGCACAAUAACUGUUCUUCGGGAGCUUCAUGAAAUGGGGGUUUCCAUGGCCAAGCAGCCUCACACAAGCCUAAGAUCACCAUGCGCAAUGCCAAGCGUCGGCUGGAGUGGUGUAAAGCUCACCACAAUUGGACUCUGGAGCAAUGGAAAUGCGUUCUCUGGAGUGAUGAAUCAUGCAUCACCAUUAGUCCGUUGGACGAAUCUGGGUUUGGUGGAUGCCAGGAGAAAGCUAACUGCCCCAAUGCAUAGUGCCAACUGUAAAGUUUGGUGGUGGAGAAGGAAUAAUGGUUUGUGGUUGUUUUUCAUGGUUAGCAUACAAUGACAUUCUUGACAAUUCUGUGCUUCCGACUUUGUGGCAACAGUUUGGGGAAGGCCCUUUCCUGUUUCAGCAUGACAAUGCCCCCAUGCACAAAGCGCUCCAUACAGAAAUGUUUUGUCUAGAUCGGUGUGGAAGAACUUGACUGGCCUGCACAGAGCCCUGACCUCAACCCCAUUGAACACCUUUGAGAUGAAUUGGAACGCCGACUGUGAGCCAGGCCUAAUCGCCCCAACAUCAGUGCCUGACCUCACUAAUGUUCUGGUGACUGAAUAGAAGCAAGUCCCUGCAGCAAUGUUCCAACAUCUAGUGGAAAGCCUUCCCAGAAGAGUGGAGGCUGUUAUAGCAGCAAAGGAGGGACCGACUCCAUAUUAAUGGCCAUGAUUUUGGAAUGAAAUGUUCGACGAGCAGGUGUCCACAUACCCUUGGCCAUGUUAUCUAUGUUGACACUGGUAUUGUGUUGGAGAUAACGAAAGUGAAUUUGAAAAGUGGUGGAGUUGCCCUUUAAUUUGUUAUCUUCUCUUUGAUUCCUUUCUGGAAUUAAAUCGUUUUAAUUGUGUGUCUGGCACAGAGAGAGAGAGAGAGAGAGAGAAUAAAUGGAAAUGCUACAGUCAGUGAUCAAUCGCGAGGACAGCUGCAGCCACAUAGAUAUUUGUGAAUAAAUAUUGCUCAAAUGUGUUGCCAGGUAUUCAUGUCGAUGGGUGAAUAUGUUCGGCACACCGCAAACAGACAAGUCAAGCCACACAGUCAAAUAAGCUGGACCAGUGACUACAUAUGCAUUUUUACAUGAAAUGACAUGCAUGCACGUACUCACACACACGCUCUCAAAUUAUCUCACACACACACUUAUUUGGCCCUGACAGCAAGCUGGACCUUGAAACGCAGGGCCAUGUAUGAUAGCACACAACACUUCAUCACUUUCUACAGCAUCUCUCUCUCUCUCUCUCCUGAUCCAAUUUUGAAUUGUGAAGCCGAAUUUAAACUGGUUUGGAAUCGAUGGCCCAGGUUAAGUUGGCAGGGUUUAGCAUGAACCUGAGCAUGCCGACCGUUAACACACCUCACGUUUGAUUACAAUUCUUCUUCUUAUUAGUGCGGACUAUAUAUGGUGCUCAUCCUGAUCCUCCAUCUGAACACACACACACACCUCAACAUAGUAACUGAACUACCUAUACCUUUUAUUUUCUUGGUUUGUUCUUUAUUUUGCGUAUCGUGUUGUAAGAGGAAAUCGUAUAUGUAGAUUGACACACAGAAGAGUAUGUCUACACCUUUCCUGAACAACUUUACCCAGUGAAACAAUACACCCUAAUGUACCAUACACAUGUACAAUUAAAUACGAAAACUGAUCUCUCACUAGAUAUGUGUGUGUAUAUGAUAUAUGCUUGAACAUGUGACUAUAGAUGUAAUAAUAUACAUGGCUUGAAUAUAUAAAUGUAGUAUAAAAUGAUUGGAAUCAUUGUCAAUUUCUCAGGUGUUCUGGGGGAUAAAAAAAAAAAACUCUUACGCUAAAUCUUGAUUACUGAAGUUGUUCUUUCUUUUUACGGUUUGACCAGGAUACAUUUCGGAGCUGGCCCACUUUAGCAGUACAUUUCGGUAAAAUUAGAUGGAAUUGUACUGCGUACUACCAACUCACCUUGGUAGUGAGGUUGUAAUUAUACCAGUUCUGGAUUUUAAGGUCUUUGUUGAUUUCAGACAUAGAAUUCAAUGUUCUUUUUUAUUCUUCUCUCUAUUACAGUUAUUAUUGCUAGUAUUAUCGUCGUUGUUGUCGUUGUUAUUAUCACUACUCUUGUUUCUUUUCCUUGCUACAACUUUUUAAGUGGGAUUGCAGUUCUCAUUUUUAUCUCCCUUGUAUUUUUCAAGACCAUCUUUACUCUACUUUAUUUUCCAUGAGCCUGUUCACUAUCGGCACCAUCCACUAUCUCCAGGUGCACUGUGGGGGCUGUAGUCUUGUCCGUGUGUGUUGUAAUGUAACAAAAGCGGAAACAACCACAAACUAUGGACUUGAAGGAAGAAAAAAAAACCUGGAAGAAUUUGAACUACAUCUCCCAGCACAGGCUUCUAACACCACCCAUCUUUUGAUGGACGAAGAAGCAACUUUUUGAUACCUGGGACUUGUUUGCAGAAGCUUAUAAACUUUUAACAGCGGUAUUUUUCUACAUGUCUGUAUACUGUAUGAUUACUACAACUUUUUGUGGGCAUUUGUAGCCCAUCCUCACAAUGAUGGUAUGCUACUAAAUGGCAUUGCGGGUAAUGUACACAGCCUAUUUCCCCUUCCCCAUGUGGAUUAUAAACUACUACCUGUUGUGACUGUUAUAAAUAAACUACAAAUCCCAUGAGCACACCACUACCCUAAUGCACCAGUAAUGUCUACUGAUCCUGCCUAUAUGGAUGCUGGGGGAUGUGGUCUGGCUUUUCCGAAAUCACCAAUAAAGAUUCAUCCUUACUCACUGAGAAA